GUGAGGACGGUAGCAGCUGAGAGAGAGAGAGAGAACUCUUUAUGCGGUCACGGAGAAUCAGAGGAGAAUUUCGGUAUAACUGGACAUAUCGUUUCGGGAAGUUUCGGUGGAUCAGAAACAACCAAAGAAAGAAACCAAGACAGAGUAUAAAGGGAAAAUAAAGACAAUCUUCAAUCCUAGCCUUGGCCUUGGUCCCUGGCUCCCUGCAGCGUUCGCACUAGCAGUGGCUCUCUGUUUCAAGCUUUGUCUUUUUCGUGGUCGUCCCCUCACUCUUUUUAUUUCCAUUUUAGUCCCACUCAAAAGACAUCUCUGGUUCUCUCUCUCUCUCUCUCGUUUUAGCUGCGGCCACCGCGUAAAUGUCUUUUCGGAGGGAUUCCGGACGCGUCCGAUGGCUUCUCUCCUUUAAAUAAUUGGUAAAGCCGAAUACUUUUGUUAGACCCUCUCCAGUCUCCACCACAGCACAGAAUUACAGAGCGUGGGAUUUUCCACUAAUAAUGAGGGGCCUCCCGAAACACGAACGCCGAUGGGCGUCAGAUACAGUUCCAGCUAAAACAUUCAGUGGAUCGUCGUCGCCUGGAACGGAAUACGGGUCAGCGGAGGAGUUCGUUGAGGUGACGCUUGAUUUCCAGGGCGAUGAUACCAUCGUUCUCCGGAGCGUCGAACCGGCUACUGUGCUUGACAUCGAUGCGGAAGUCUCCGCUGGGAGUGAGACUCCAGCGUCAUCGAGAUCGCCGUCGAUUAGGCGGAGUUCUUCGAAUCGGUUACGUCAGUUCUCUCAGGAAUUGAAAGCUGAAGCUGUGGCCAAAGCCAGGCAGUUCUCGCAGGAGCUUAAAGCCGAGCUUAGGAGGUUCUCGUGGGGCCAUGGCCAUGCGUCUCGGGCACAAUCUUCUUCGCCAUCCUCGGCCGCCCAGAAUGCUGCCGGCGCUAGCUCCGGAUUAGACUCGGCUUUGGCCGCUCGGGCUCUCCGGAAGCAGCGAGCUCAGCUCGAUCGAACAAAAUCUGGUGCUCAGAAAGCGCUCCGAGGGCUGAGGUUCAUUAGCAACACCAGUAACCAAGGCGUCGAUGCCUGGAACGAAGUUCAGAACAACUUCGAUAAGCUUGCCAAGGACGGCUUUCUCCACCGUUCAGAUUUCGCACAAUGCAUAGGAAUGAGGGAUUCAAAGGAGUUUGCGUUGGAACUUUUCGAUGCAUUGAGUAGGAGGAGACGGUUGAAGGUCGACAAGAUCAGUAGAGAAGAGCUUCACGGAUUCUGGUGUCAAAUUACCGAUCAGAGUUUCGAUUCACGUCUCCAAAUCUUCUUCGACAUGGUUAACAAGAACGAAGACGGACGAAUCACAGAAGAAGAAGUGAAAGAGAUUAUCAUGUUAAGUGCUUCUGCAAAUAAAUUGUCGAGGCUGAAGGAACAGGCGGAGGAAUAUGCAGCCUUGAUCAUGGAGGAGUUGGAUCCAGAAGGCCUUGGUUACAUCGAGCUUUGGCAGCUGGAGACGUUGCUGCUGCAGAAGGACACGUACCUGAAUUACAGCCAGGCCUUGAGCUACACGAGCCAGGCGCUGAGCCAGAACCUGCAGGGGCUGAGGAAACGGAGCCGGAUUCAGAGGGUGAGCACCAAGGUGAUGUACUACCUGGAGGAUAACUGGAAGAGGCUGUUGGUGUUGGCGUUGUGGGUGUGCAUCAUGGCCGGUCUGUUCUUCUGGAAGUUCUUUCAGUACAAGCAGAAGUAUGCCUUCAAGGUCAUGGGCUACUGCCUCCUCACGGCCAAGGGCGCCGCUGAGACCUUGAAGUUCAACAUGGCUCUCAUCCUGUUACCCGUUUGUAGGAACACCAUCACCUGGCUCAGGUCCACCAAGCUCGCCCUGCUCGUUCCCUUCGACGAUAACAUCAAUUUUCACAAGACAAUAGCGGCAGCAAUUGUAGUUGGCGUCAUUCUUCACGCUGGGAACCACCUCAGCUGCGACUUCCCACGGCUUAUUCAUGCUUCUGCCCAUGACUAUGAACACUUGAUAGACGACUUUGGGAGCCACAAGCCCACCUACAUGAAACUCGUCCGAGGCGUCGAAGGUAUCACUGGAAUUCUGAUGGUGCUGUGCAUGGCCGUGGCUUUCACACUUGCGACGCGGUGGUUCAGGCGGAACGUUGUUAAAUUCCCCAAGCCCUUCGACAGGCUGACAGGUUUCAACGCAUUCUGGUACUCUCACCAUCUUCUUGUCCUCGUCUACUUUAUGCUCGUCGCCCACGGCUUCUUUCUCUACCUCGUCCAUAAAUGGUACCUCAAGACGACAUGGAUGUAUCUAGCUAUUCCUGUUUUGCUUUAUGCCGGAGAAAGGACACUGAGAUUCUUCCGGUCUGGCUUUUACUCUGUCCACCUUCUGAAGGUUGCUAUUUAUCCUGGUAAUGUCCUUACUCUGCAAAUGUACAAACCUCCCCUAUUCCAUUAUAAAAGUGGCCAGUACAUGUUUGUCCAGUGCCCUGCUGUUUCUCCAUUUGAGUGGCAUCCAUUUUCAAUUACUUCAGCUCCUGAUGAUAACUACUUGAGCAUUCAUAUCCGGCAGUUGGGUGACUGGACACAAGAGCUCAAGAGGGUUUUUUCAGAAGCUUGUGAGCCGCCUGUUGGUGGAAAAAGUGGUCUUCUUAGAGCUGAUGAAACAACCAAGAAAAGUUUGCCAAAGCUCUUAAUUGACGGGCCCUAUGGAGCUCCAGCACAAGACUACCAGAAAUAUGAUGUCCUGUUGCUUGUUGGGCUUGGAAUUGGAGCAACGCCUUUCAUCAGUAUUCUGAAAGAUUUGCUCAACAGUAUAGUCAAGAUGGAAGAGCUUGCAGAUUCGAUUUUGGAUUUCAGUAGGACAACAGAUCAGAGUGUUGGAACCUUGGAUUCAUCCUCUACUAGCAAGAGCUCGCAAAAGGGAAGAAAGAUCUUGAAGACAACAAAUGCCUAUUUCUACUGGGUAACUAGGGAACAGGGUUCCUUUGACUGGUUCAAAGGGGUCAUGAAUGAAGUUGCUGAGCUUGAUCAGAGGGGUGUGAUUGAGAUGCACAACUACUUGACGAGUGUAUAUGAGGAAGGUGAUGCCCGUUCUGCUCUCAUCACAAUGGUUCAGGCCCUCAACCAUGCCAAGAAUGGAGUUGACAUUGUUUCUGGGACUAGAGUGAGGACUCACUUUGCUAGGCCAAACUGGAAGAAGGUGUUCUCUAGAAUAUGCUCGAAGCAUCCCAAUGCCAAGAUAGGAGUUUUCUACUGCGGGAUGCCAGUGUUAGCUCAAGAAUUGAGGAAGCUCUGCCAGGUAUACAACCAAAAAGGUUCUACCAAGUUCGAAUUCCACAAGGAACAUUUCUGAAGUUUGAGUUGCAUUUUAACUCAUAUUCUCCACUCUUCUCCCACUCCGUCUCCUCUACCUCCCCAGUCACCACUAAUCAAUUACCCUCUACCAAAGCGCGUGUAGAGUCUGCCUCAAUAAAAAAGGAAAGAAUGAGUCAAUGUCCAGUUGUGAAUGAAAGAAUGAUACAUAAGAAUAUUUACUUUAUAUACAGAUAACAUAAAGUAUGUAACAAGCACAACCGAAGAAACGAUUAAUGGUCGGUGAGCUUGUCUGGGUUUGGAUGAAGAAAGAGUGGCUCUGCACCUUACACACGGCAGUAAAGAAGGGAAUGACGGGCCUGUCGAGCUCUUGGGAGGGGAUGACAAGAUAUUGUGUAGGGAGUGCGAUACAGCUGCAUUAGAGGAGUUGACCUUGUAGAAAAGGAAAAAGGUUGACACUUUAUAAUGUUAAGCUUUCAGUGCGAGAUGGUUGUCUCCCAAGUGGAUGAAUAUAUCAUAUGUGAUAUGUGUGUCUGUGGAUCGGAAGGGUUGUUUGUUUGAUCAUUUCUUCUAGAACUAGAAAGCUUCCCUCUGUCCAGCCCCCCUUUUUUUUGGUUCAGAAUGAUGCUGACAGCUGAAACAAUACAUGGAUGUGUAUCUUUUACUGUGGAGCUUUUCCAAUUUUCUUACACCAAAGAAAAGAAAAAUUGUAAAUGAAAAUUUACCAUUUAUAUAAAUACAUAGUUGAGUU